AUGGCCGCAGCACAGCAGGAGGAGACCUAUCCCAGGAAAAUACUGGACUACAUGGAAGGCUUCUUGAUAUCCAAAACUCUGUUUGCUGCGUGCGAGCUGGGAGUGUUUGACCACUUGGAGGCGUCAGAGCGCCCCCUGUCUGCAACCGAGGUGGCCCAGGCCCUGGGCACCAGCGAGGACGGAACACAGCGGCUGCUCUCGGCUUGUGCAGGCCUGGAGCUUUUGAUCGUCCAGCAGAGCAAUGACCAGGUUGUUUACAGCAACGCGGGUUUAUCCAGUAGAUAUCUGACGCGGACAGGCCCGCAGUCCCUCUACCACUCCAUCCAGUACAACUCCAAGACCAUCUACCUAUGCUGGCACUACCUGACCGACGCAGUGAGGGAAGGACGUAACCAGUACGAGAAGGCAUUUGGCGUCAGCUCCAAAGACCUCUUUGAAGCGCUGUACAGGUCGGACGAGGAGAUGACCAAAUUCAUGCACCUCAUGAACUCCAUAUGGAACAUAUGCGGCAAAGACGUGGUCACGGCAUUCGAUCUCUCCCCCUUCAAGAGCAUCUAUGACCUUGGAGGCUGCAGCGGUGCAUUAGCCAAACAGUGCACUCUGGCGUAUCCGGGCUCCAGCGUGACCAUCUUUGACCUUCCUAAGGUGGUGCAGAUGUCAAGGGAGCACUUUGUGUCAGCCGAGGACAAGCGGAUUUCAUUCCAUGAAGGGGACUUUUUUAAGGACGCGCUGCCUGAAGCCGACCUCUACAUCCUGGCCAGGAUACUGCAUGACUGGACAGAUGAGCGCAGCUUGGAGCUCCUGGCCAAAGUCUACCAGUCCUGCAGACCCGGUGGAGGUGUGCUGCUGGUGGAGGCGCUGCUGCACGAGGACGGUGGCGGGCCGCUGACGGCGCAGCUGUACUCGCUCAACAUGCUGGUGCAGACGGAGGGCCGCGAGCGCCGCGCCUCCGAGUACGCCCGUCUCCUCACCGCCGCGGGGUUCACCUGCCUGCAGGUGCAGCGCACCGGCAAGAUCUACGACGCCAUCCUGGCCAGGAAAUAG